AUGGCGCCAGCUGCAGGAGCUAAGAAGCAAAAGAAGAAGUGGUCCAAGGGAAAGGUCAAGGACAAGGCCCAGCACGCCGUCAUCCUCGACAAGGCCACCUCCGACAAGCUCUACAAGGAUGUCCAGUCCUACCGUCUGGUGACCGUUGCCGUCCUGGUCGACCGUCUCAAGAUCAACGGCUCCCUCGCCCGGAGAUGCCUUGCCGACCUCGAGGAGAAGGGCAUCAUCAAGCCCGUUGUCAUGCACAGCAAGAUGAAGAUCUACACCCGUGCCGUCGGUGGAACUGACUAA